CACGAGGUUUUCAAUCGGAAUUUUGGAGUCGUUAUUCUCAGUCGUACAUUUUUAACAUUGAUGUUACACGUUUUAUAAAGUAAAUAAUUUUAAAAUGUCUAGUGAAAAGUUAAGUUGUGUCAUUUGUAAAAAAAGUGAUGAUAAAGUGAUUGCGUUUGUAGAAAAAACUCUCAAUAAAAGUCAUGAGGUGUUAGAAAUCCGUAAAUAUCAUGGACUAAAAUAUAAUAACGUGGUUUUGCCAGUGAUUCCUAACCUUACAGAUGGUUAUCAUACAAGUUGUUAUAAAAAUUUUUUAGCGUUGAUGAAAAAAUACUAUGACAAUGCUGUGAUAAGAUCUAAUGUUUCUACUCCUAUAAAAGACAAUUUAUUAUCCGAUGAUUCCCCUCAACAAAGUACGUUUGAAGCAUCUACAUCAGCAACUACAGUUGAACUCUCUACAUUUCCAGCAGAACCAUCUACACCAAUGCUCCAACCAUCCAAAUCUACAGUCGAAGCAGCAACAUUAGCACCCCAACCAUCUACAUCUACACUUCAAUCAUGUACAUCUACGUCAGAAACUCAUCUAAUUGCCAAUGAUGAAGCCAAUAUCACUGAUUCCCCAAGUACGCCUGUGGACAAUAUCGACGAAAAUUCCGAAGUUAAUCCAAAAAUUUGUAUUUUUUGUGACAAAAACUUGAAAAAACACCAAGGACAACGACAACCUCUUCCUCAAGUAGAUAAAGAAAGUUUAAUAAAAUCCUUGGAAAAGUAUAAAAGAUUUAUCCAAGAAACAGAAACUUUCCAAAAAAUACAAAAUUCCAGAGCGUUAUAUAAUCAUCGCAUUUGCCGAAAAAAUUAUUUUAAUAAAUUACGAGAUUUUGAAGAAAAACCCGAGACAAAUUACCACAAAAAUUUACAAUUUCACAAAGAAGCUUUUAAUGAAAUUUGCAGCUUUAUCGAUGAAAGAGUGAUCAAGAAUAAAAAAUUUUAUUCUUUUGCUUUCAUCUGUACUAAUUAUUUGGAAAUUAUUUCAAAUGCUGCUGCGGAAAAAGGAGAAGAAUAUGAUAAUGUUUUCAGCAAGGCUCACUUUGAGAGUAAAUUAAAAAAAAAAUAUCAAGAAACUAUACAAAUUUCAUUAGUACAUAAUAAAAAAAUUAUUGGACCACCAGGUUACUUAAUCAACGAAGAUUUAUUAACUGUAAUAGAAGAAUCGGAUGUUCUCCAAAAUGCGGCGCUUAUUUUAAGAAGAACAAUUCUUGACAUUAAAAAAACACCGUUACCUGAAUACAUUAGGACUUCAGAUUUAUUAAAGGGCGAGUGCAUGACACCCCAACUCAUAAAAGAUUUCUAUUCGACUAUAUUGCGUGGUUGUAAUUUCAAAUAUAAGCUAACCAAAGAAUGUGAACGGAAAAGUUCAUCACUGGCUGAUGAUUUAAUUUUUAAUGCGUCUCAUGGCAAAAUAAAACCGUCGAAACAUAUUACCCUUGCUAUGACGUUGAAAAGUAUUACAAGUUCGCGAAAAGUUGUUGAGAUUGUUAACCGAUAUGGCCAUUGCUGCAGCUAUCAUACUGUUGAAGAGUUGGAAACAGAGGCUACAUUUGCGUCGUCGAGUCGAUCUUUGUCAUGUCCUGAAGGAAUUAUUACAGCCGAUGGACUUUGCACGGGAGUAGCUUAUGAUAAUUUUGAUCGUUUCGUCGAUAUCGCAUCUGGUAAAAAUACAUUACAUGACACUGUAGGUAUUAUUUACCAAAAUGUACAUCAACUUGAGCAUUUAGAAGACGAUGUUUUUGUCGAUAUGCCUGAAGAAAUUGUUCCAGAUGAAAUACCAGAUAAUAAUGAUAAUCAAGAACAAAGUGAAAAUGGGAACAGUAAUGACAAAACAAGAAAAAAAAAUAGACGACGAAAGUUUGAAGCUAUCACUCCUGACUUACAACCCUUUUCGAAAAAAAUAAGAUUAUCUGAAACAUUAUUAUCGUCUUCAGAUGAGUGAAGG